AUGCUGGCGUCGCCUUCCGAUGCUCGCAACGCUGUCGUGGCCAUGCUAUCCAGAUGCCCUACUCGCUACAUGGGCCAUGCAACCCGUCCAGAUACGGCAAACUCACCUCCCGCCGGCGUACACCUGUCAAGACUCUUUGGGAAAUUGCGUCAUCAAAUACCACAAGGCAUGGGGGUGUGGAAGGCUGAUCCUCCGCGUGCUGCGGAUCGCCUGCCGCUUCCUCGCGAAGGCCAGCGCCUUGUAGCUGUUUAA